CUCUUUCUUCCUGUUUGGCUGGGAAGAUGGCGUCCCGCAAGGAAGGUACUGGCUCUCCUGCCUCCUCUUCCACUACAGCCACCGGCGCAGCCGGGAAAGGCAAAGGCAAAGGCGGCUCCGGAGACUGGGCUGUGAAGCAAGUACAAAUCGAUGGCCUGGUUAUAUUAAAAAUAAUCAAACAUUAUCAAGAAGAAGGACAAGGAACUGAAGUUGUCCAAGGAGUGCUUUUGGGCCUGGUUGUAGAAGAUCGGCUUGAAAUUACCAACUGCUUUCCUUUCCCCCAGCAUACAGAGGAUGAUGCUGACUUUGAUGAAGUUCAAUAUCAGAUGGAAAUGAUGCGGAGUCUUCGCCAUGUUAACAUUGAUCAUCUCCAUGUGGGCUGGUACCAGUCCACAUACUAUGGCUCCUUCGUCACCCGGGCGCUCCUGGAUUCUCAGUUCAGUUAUCAACACGCCAUUGAAGAAUCUGUUGUUCUCAUUUACGAUCCCAUAAAAACUGCCCAAGGGUCUCUUUCACUGAAGGCAUACAGGUUGACUCCUAAACUGAUGGAAGUUUGUAAAGAGAAGGAUUUUUCUCCUGAAGCAUUGAAAAAGGCAAAUAUCACCUUUGAGCACAUGUUUGAAGAAGUGCCGAUUGUAAUUAAAAAUUCACAUCUGAUCAACGUCCUAAUGUGGGAGCUUGAGAAGAAGUCAGCUGUAGCAGAUAAACAUGAAUUGCUCAGUCUUGCUAGCAGCAAUCACUUGGGAAAGAAUCUGCAGUUGCUCAUGGACAGAGUGGAUGAAAUGAGCCAGGAUAUAGUUAAAUAUAACACAUACAUGAGGAACACUAGUAAACAGCAGCAGCAGAAACAUCAGUAUCAGCAGCGACGCCAGCAGGAGAACAUGCAGCGCCAGAGUCGAGGAGAGCCCCCACUCCCUGAGGAGGACCUGUCCAAGCUCUUCAAACCACCCCAGCCCCCUGCCAGGAUGGAUUCACUGCUCAUUGCAGGCCAGAUUAACACUUACUGCCAGAACAUUAAGGAGUUUACUGCCCAAAACCUAGGCAAACUCUUCAUGGCCCAGGCUCUUCAAGAAUACAACAACUAAAAGAAGGAAGUUUCCAGAGAAGGAGUUAACAUGGACUCUUGAGAUCACAUUGGAGCAACUCUGAAAAGCACAGAAGAUUCUUUUAAUGUCAUGGCCACCUUUGGCUAUAAAGUUGUCUUUCUAGCCAAAAAUAAAAUAAAAUAAGAUAAAAUUUG